AUGGGGCGGCAACGGGAGGCACGACGAUUGAUUGUAGAGAUUUUAGUAAAUGUCUGGUUCGAAGUCGAUUUUUACUGCACCCCGGCACAGAAGAGGAUGGUAUAUAAUGGGAAGCCUUAUGAAAACAGGUUUCUCAUAUCCCAUCAAUCGGAUCCUCUUCUAUUGCAUCCGAAUGAUGUCAUAGGGUGGUUGGAAACCGGUUCGGACACCUGCGUGACGUUAUGGGAUAGAUGGGAUUAUCCGAGGGGAAGCGAUGGGCCGUGUGGAGCCGCCACGGGGCCUUGGCACAACCAAGAAAUUGUUGAAAGAUUUCAGAAACUGUUGAAAGAUCUCAGACGUUGUCAGAAGUUGAUGUGCUGUACGCUCCGCGAAGAGUUUGCUGAGGAUGUCCCAUUUAGGUUUAGUCUUCCACAACACAGAGGUAGCAGCAUGUCUUCUUCAAAGGAUGGGGGCCGUAUGGCCCCAGAUCUAGAGAUUGUCGGAGAUCGGGUCACUGUACAUCCUACAGGAUUCACUGGCGGUCCAGAGGUCGAAGAUGGCAUUACUGAACGGAAGCUGGUGCGGAACAUGGCACGCUUCCGAGAGAAUCCCUUUGAGUUCAUGCGCGAAGUCAGCUUGUUUGUGUCAGGAACAGGAUGGCGAGCCUACGAUAACGUUAUUGGCCAGCCCAUAUUCUAUCCUGGUUUCUCCGAGAAAAUGAAGUCAAAUAUUAUGAGUAAUCCGUUAUUGAAGGCGAAGAUUACUGAACUGGCGGAGCUGCGAUCGCAGGUGGAAGAAGAGCAAGGAUUGCUGGACCCCGCACAAUCGAAAGAUGGCGAUGGCCAUCGAAUAAGACGGAAGAACGAGAUUGAGUCCAAUUUAAAAGAGGUCGUCGAUACGAUGAUGGAGAAUAUGAUUUGCAAAAUGGAAAGCAAAAAUUUUGUACGGGGAGCGUAUUAUCUUUGUACACAGUUGCUUACGCGAGCUUAUCAUCAAGGGAUUCACGUUUCGAGUGAGGAAGUCCUCCGUCUCAGGUCGGUCGCGCAAACUGCAGCAAAGAACAAGCAAUCUAUAGUAUUUUUGCCCUGCCACAGAUCCCAUGUAGAUUAUGUAUCCCUGCAACUUAUUUGCUACCGUCUGGGAAUUGGAUUACCCGUGGUUGUGGCUGGAGAUAAUUUGAAUAUUCCUUUACUCGGGAACUUCUUGCAACAUACAGAAGGCUUCAAUUUUGAAUGUUUCGUGGAGGGCGGUCGGUCAAGGACGGGGAAACUCCUAACGCCGAAAUUCGGCAUCCUCAGCUUUAUCUUGGAUAGCGUUGCCUCCGGUCGAGUCGAAGACGCAAUCAUCUGCCCAGUGAGCACGCAGUACGAUAAGGUUAUCGAGACUGAUGAACUCCUUGGUCAACCGAAACAAAAGGAAAAUUUAUUGGAUUUCCUUAAUUCUUCGUCUGUCCUGUCACUCAAGCUCGGCAGAGUUGACGUCAGAUUCCACGAGCCAUGGAGCCUAAAAGCAUUCGUCGCGGAACAGUGUACUAGAAUAUACAAUCUCCCCAAUAACAGCGCGAUGCAAGUGAAAAUGGGGGUUGCGGAAAGAGGACGCCUCCUCCGAACCCUAGGAUAUCGCGUUCUGUCAGACAUCAAUGGUGUCUCCGUCGUGAUGCCGACAGCGCUCGUUGGAACAGUUCUCCUCACUCUCCGAGGGCGUGGUGUUGGUAAAACUGAACUUGUGCGCCGCGUCAAUUGGCUUUGCGAACGGGUUCGUGUUAAGGGCGGAAGAGUAGCACAUUUUUACAGGGCUCCGAAGGAACAAGUGGUAGAUCGAGCCAUCGAAGUUCUCGGGCCAAAGGUAGUCGGCGAAAUUAGUGGGCUUGCCGAACCGACUUUCUACGCUGUGGACCGAUUCCAGCUCCUCUUUCUAGAGGAAUAUGACGAUUCACCUCUUCAUCACCGAAGCGCUCGUGUCCGCCGCAAUCUUUUCCGAGGAGAAUUUAUCUUCCCACCGGACGGCUUAGCCCACAAUCUCGAGAAGACACUUAAUGGACUUGAACGAGAUAACGUAAUAAAAAUCACCAGAGACUCCUCCAGCGUACCAACAUAUAUCGAGUUGAGUUUCGAGGAACGACAAUGCGGCAGAGAAAACUUUGAUUUCUACUGCUUCUUAAUCUGGCCUUUUAUCGAAGCAAGCUGGCUUGGAGCUGUAUCACUAAUAGGGCUCACUCCUCCCCUCAAUAAUGGCCCCAAGUCUGCUUGGGUUGAUCUGAAAAAGGCUCAGGAUAGUGCUCAACUGUUGGGUAAAACGCUAUACCACCAAGGCGACCUCUCAUAUUUCGAAGCCGUCAACAAAGAGACCCUUAAGAACGCAUUUCUGCGAUUCGAAGAGGAGAGAAUCAUUGUCGUCGCAAGGCCGAAAAAUAAGGGUACGACGGCAGGCCAAGCGGCCACCAUGAGAAUCGCUCCCAGCUGGAUGCCGGAACGUGAUCCGUCGACAGGCAAACUCCUAGCUCGCGGCAAGUUGUGGGACUUUAUGAGCUUGAUAGCCCAGUCACGACGUGAAGGGAAAAACCGACGAGACGGUGCGACCGUCUCCUCUCGCGUGCUCACCAUGACUGACGCGGUAGGCCGGGAGGUAUUUAAAGUUGCUUCCGCAGCAGAGGAGUCGUCUGCGGAAAACCUGGAUACGUCAACCAAACAACUCAGAAGGACUGCCCUGGGUGCAAGCUCGAAGUUGUGA